AUGUGCGAACUUUUCGGGGACUACUAUCGGGGGUGUCGAUGCUUGAUUGGGAAAACCAGACUCUGCGCUGAAGUUCUAGGCGUGAAACCCCUACCACCUCAGGAUAAAAACUACAAGCCGGGACUGCUAGAAGUCUGCAAGAACGUCGAUAAUACCCGCUUGGUGAUUCACUCGGACUGCCCAACAAACCCCGACCUGAUAUGCAAGCGCGGCACCCACAUUUCGCCUUCCAUCACGCCGCUGGCUACGUCCAAAUCCUUCUCGAAGUUUAAAGGUCGCCUCAACAUCAACAAAAAGAAGAGCGAGGAACCUGCUGCCCCUACCUCAAUAGGAUACGUAUAUCAGCCUGAACACACCUUGACAAAGGACCAAAAGGCAGCUCAAUCCAAAGUGGUUGACCAUGAGGUGAAUGUGAUCAACCAGAAACUCCAAAAAGAUUUCCCCGACCCAAAGAAGAGGAGAGAGUACAGACCCACGUACUUGGCGGCCUAUCACCCAACGGGUCAACUUGCUACCAAGGUAAACAGUCAGAACAAGAACACUUAUGGCCUUUGCGAGUGCGACUACAACGACGCGUCUUCGGUUAUGGUGGACUUUGACUCCGAAUAA